AGUUUUUACUCAUUUCCUCUCUCUCUCCCCUUCUUCCAUCCCCAUUAGUUUUUACUCAUUUCCUCUCUCUCUCUCUCUCUCUCUCUCUCUCUCUCUCCAACUCUAGCUUAAAGGCACAUUAAUUGAUCCCACUCCCACAAGACCACACCCACCCGCACAUAUGUACCCAUGUCGAAGGCCCCUCGCCCAAGGCGGCGGCCUAACCCGCUACGGCUCCGCUCCGGAAUCCCUCCUAACCGCUGCCAUCGACUCUGCCCUCGAAUCCACUGCUCGCCACUUCUCCCCCCUGGAAUCGCGGACCGCCCUGGCUGGCCAAUACUUCUCCGGCGACAGGUCCUCCCUCACCUCCGACUCCUCUUGCAAGGUCAGCUCAUUACCGUCCGAUCCGCACCAGUACAAAGGCACAACUACUAAAGCUGCAGUAAAGCCAGGGCUGCAGAGAUCCUACGGUUUGAAUGAGGUAGACGUUGGGGAUUUUGCGACGGCCACUAAUUUGAAAUCCGCAGCUACCUGCGACGGCGGCGGCGGAUCAUCGUCCCUGAUACGGCACAGCAGCUCGCCUGCUGGGUUUCUUAGCCAUCUCGCUGCGGAUACAGGAGGUUUUUUUUUAACAAGGGGGAGUGGAGGCUAUAAUAAUAAUACACAGUGUGGGUCUAGGUCUAGUGGGGGCAAUGGAAUAUCAAGGUUGAAGUCUCAGAUGAGCUUCACGGGACAAGAGUCCCUUUCCCAGAUCUCCGAAGGAAAUGAAAAUAUUGUGGACUGCAUAAACUCAGAAAAUGGGCACAGAAAGAGCACACAUUCUUAUGCCACUGCAAGUGCUAGCUUUGCCAUGGACUCGUGGGAUGACUCCACUGCCACCAAUUCUAUUGUGUUUUCUGCCCCACCAACCAAGCGAGCUAAACUUACGAGUGGAGACAUUCUUGAUGGCUUUAGUGCCCUUGAAUCUCAGUUUAGCCUGCCAGAGACAGCUCUUGAGAUGGCUGCUGUAGAACACUUACUGCAAAUCCCCGAGGACUCCAUUCCUUGCAAAGUUCGUGCUAAGCGUGGUUGUGCCACUCAUCCAAGAAGCAUCGCCGAAAGGGAGAGAAGAACAAGAAUAACGGGAAAAUUGAAGAAAUUACAAGAGCUUGUUCCUAACAUGGAUAAGCAAACAAGCUAUGCAGACAUGUUGGACUUGGCAGUGCAUCAUAUCAAAAGCCUCCAAGAUCAAGUUCAGAAAAUUAAUGAAGAACUUGAUUAUUGCACAUGUGGAUGCAAAAAUGCAUAAUCUCUUGAUAAGGAAUACUACCAACUGAAAUAUAUGUUAGCAUAAAAGGUGAAGGUGGGGCGAUUGUGCAUGUCUUACUACAAAGUGAAGAGUGGGUGUUCUAUUUGUAUAUAAUGAAGCAGAAUUUUCUUCCAGGUUCAUCAAGAAAACAUUUUUAUUUCUAUGCACUUUUUUUAUUUCUAUGUAUUUUUGUAACAUUUUCACGAAGGAAAGAGAAAAAGUGGGGAUAUCAAUUCCUCUACUUUAUGUUCUCGUUUUUAUGCAUGCUUUGCUUAUUCUGUAAACAGCCAUCUAAGAAACCCAUUUUGACGCUUUUAUAUAUGUAGGUAUCAUUUUGUUUUCA